AUUUUGUGCUCCUAUUUCUCCAGUUUGUCGUUCAACCUGCUCCGCGGAGGAAUGUUCUUGUGAUUUUUCUUCUUCCAAUCUGUGGUCCUUGACUCCAAAUCAAUCCUCAAUUGACCUCCCUGUUGUAGUGUUCUUCAAAAAAAUUUAUUCUCACCUUUUGGGUGGAUGAUUAAGCCCUUCAAUAUGGGCGUUGAAAGACUUUUCCAGUGAUUUUUUUAACGUGAAAAAUAUGCAUUUGUGAGCUUCUGUGAAGAAUUUUGCAACGAAAACCAAAACUUUUCAUCGAUAAUACCUUAUCAAACAAUGAAUUCGGUCGUAUGUAGCUUCAUUCUUGGUGUGACCAUCUGGACUGCCACAGUUGAGAGCUUGAUCGAAUGCCCAGCAGAAUGUCACUGUUCCAUUGUUGGGAUCAAUAUCAACGUGGAUUGCUCUGGUCUAGCCCUCACAGAGUUACCAGACUUUGGAGAUCUUGAGAUUGCCUGGCUGGAUCUGUCAGACAAUGAAUUUACAGAGAUCCCAGCUGGUCUGCAAAACUUUCCGGAACUGAAAGGUCUGGACAUGUCAGGGAAUAAAAUAUCAAGUCUCUCUGGGACAUCUCUAAGUGGUCUCAACAAUCUCCAGUCAUUGCUGCUUUCAGGCAAUAAUAUCUCCAACUGGAUAGACAUAAAUCCUAAUACUCUUCUUCAACCAUCACCCCUGACUAUGCUUAGCCUUGCUAAGAAUCCCAUUACUACAUUUUCAAGCACAGACGACAGCACUAUCCUUAUCAGCAAAACCCUAAAGACUCUGGAUCUCAGUGAGUGCAAGAUUGUCAGAAUGGCUGGACAUCAAAUGCUGAGAGGAUUACCGAAGCUUGAGAAUCUCUAUAUGGCAGGAAAUCCGUUGAGAACGCUUUCAGGAAUAGCUUCGGAGAGCCUGACUACAUUCAACUUAGUCAAUUGUCGUCUAGAAUCUUUGCCGAUUGACGUAUUUGCCCAUCUUCCCUCACUUAUUUACUUGAAUCUGGCCAGAAACAAUCGCCUGUCACUGACCACAAAGAACAGAGGCUAUGUAAGAUCGGAAUCUUUGAAGAGGAUCGAUCUAUCGUACUGCAAUAUGGGAGGGAUUGAGAUCGAAGGGUUUCCUUUCCUCACGACAGCGGUUUUGCGAGGUAAUAUGAUCAGGCAAUUGAAUAAUGAUGCAUUUAAGAACAAUGAACAUUUGGAGAACCUUGACGUAUCCUUCAAUGCUAUCAGUUACGUCCAUCCCAACACCUUCGCAGAGUUGGGCAACCUUAAACAUUUAGACAUGUCUUUUAAUAUGAUUCCAAGGAUUGAUAGGGACACUUUUAAGCACAAUAACCUCUUGAAUACCAUAAAUUUGAGUAGGAACUACAUUGGCAAGUUCAAUAGGAUCCAAGCUAAGGCCCUAGUUAGCUUGAACAUGAGUUGGUGUGAGAUUGUUUCAGUUGAUCCGCAUGCUCUUCAGGGGACUCCAGCCUUGACGGAACUUGAUCUUUCUAACAACUUGAUAUCAUUCAUUCCGGACAAUCUGAACUCGAUAAGCUUACAGACCCUUGACCUCAGCAUGUGCAGGAUAACUUCGUUACGGAAUACAACAUUUUCCGAUUUCCCUGAACUGAACCGGAUAAACCUGUCCGGGAAUCGUUUCACGACACCUUUCAGAGUAGACUUCUUCUCGGAACUUCCUUAUCUUCAGGAAAUCGGUUUGGGCGAUAAUCCCUGGAGAUGUGACUGCAGGAACACAGAGUUCUAUAAGUUCUUCAACUUCCUCAUUGAGCCUCCAUCCAAAAUCUGGGAUAAAAACCACCUUCGUUGCUACAGUCCUGAUGAUCUCUAUGGAAUUCCAUGGGAUGUAGCUUGCUUUCAUAUUUGGUAUCCUAGUGGAUCAAUGGGAACUGCUGAAAAAGUCUGGACAAUAAUCAUGGUCAGCAUUAUCAUCUUCGCCGCCAGUGUUUGCAUAGUGAUGAGCAUUAAGCGGUGCAUAGAAGGCAGGAAGCUUACAGCCAGGGAACGAGAGAGGGAAGAAUUCCUGGAACAACACAGAGACAUAAUCCGCCAGAACAGGAUGGCGAUGGAGCAGGAAGCUCAACUUAAUGCUCCAGACCCAAGGGAGACUAGGCCUCCUUGCUACGAAGAUGCAAUCCUGAUGCCACGCCUGGAUGGAUCCUUUGCAUCCCUCAAUGAGCUUAACAUGAGGCGAGAAAAGCGCCGGAAGCUCCAUGACAAGGAUGAAAAUGGUGAUGAGACAGAUGGAGUCAUAACCAGAAGGAAUCGGUGUCGAAGCGAGGAAGUUCUCUCGAUGCGUGAAAGUAGAACUGAAGAUGGUCAAACUAGGAGAUCUCGAAGACAGAGGAACGUCAAUCCUCCAGAAAGCCUUGAAAUGGCGAGGAAUACCUUCAUCGAGCACACUUCUCAACUGCCCGCUCCAACAACAGCAGCUCCUCCACCUCCAGUUCCUCCUAGAAACACCCUAGUUCAGGGAAGAGACAGUGAGCUUCACUAUCACUCCACGGAAGUCGUUAAUCUGCAUCUGACUACAGUGGAGAUUGUUCCCCAGACUCCUGAGGAGGAAUCUAAUUCUGCAAUGGCUGAGAUUGAGAGAAUUACAAUGAGAUCUCACAAAGACGACGAUACUAGUCCAUAUGCCAAAAGGAAGCAAAAGUACAUGUCCAGCUUCAAGGGAAAUGAUGAACCCAAGCCAAGUUCCUCCCAAUCUUCAGGGGAGAAGAUUCAUGUUGUUGAUGAUUACUUUGCUCCAGCUGAUAAAGCUCGCAGUAGUGACGAGGAGAGCUUCUCAAUAUUCUCACCAACAGAAAUUGAAGAGACUCAUAGCCAGGUGCAGUCAGAUGACAAGAAGGGAGUUGGUCAGAAACCAAGGAGACCCACUGAAAGUGAUUUGUGAUUAGGAAAAGAUUUCCAGUUCAUCCAUCAUGCUUAAUCAAUGUAGUUUUAAUUUCAAUAACAUUUGUGCUUUCCCUAAAAGUAUUUCUCUUUCCUUGUUGGUAGAAUAGAAAGGUUUAAUUUUAAACCUGAUUUAGUGAACGAGAUUGCAAUAAAAUAUCAAAGUUUUUACGGAUGCUA